UUUACGUCGCUGGUAGAGAUUCCGACCCAUACACAUUAGAAGAAAAUUUGUACAUUAGUAAAAGUAACACUGAAGAUUUCAUAUAUGAGUGCAUUGUUUCUUUUAUCGCCACACACACACCGUGGGCACCAGGCGAAUUCCGACACGGAUUGGAUUCCGCGAUGGGCAGUCAGGAUUGGACGUCUCACGACACAGGACGGUAGACGACGCCCCGCGCAGCCAAAACAACAACACCACCACCGCCAAACAAACGGAAGCCUUCCUUCAGAAGUCGGGGCAGCUCGACAGAAUCUAACUUCCACCCUGGUGACAGAACGGCCAACAAAAACAACACCUGACACCAACUACCACUGACGGGGCUCUAGAGGCUGUGGCCCCACGGCCUAACUAGCCCCAUAUAACCCGAAGAAGAAGGAACCAUGGAGGCCGCGGCAGGGGCUGGCGGCUUUCUGGUACAGUAUCGAGGGAUUUCCUCCAAACUGAAGAAGCGUUUUCUCCGGAAACCAAAUGUUGCAGAGGCCAGUGAUGAGUUCGGCCAGCUUGCUCGUGAGCUCAGUGAUGGUGAGGCUUGGGCACAGGCUGGAUUGUGCUGCGUCGCUGUGGCCAAGUGCGAACAAACUCUCCUCAAUGCAUCAACAGAAGUGUCGGCUGUAACACAAGCAGCAAGAUACUUCCUGAAGGCUGAGACUGUGAACCACCAGUUGCAUUGCCCAAGCUUCAAUGAACACCUUAUGACAGCCAUCAGCUGCUUUCAACAUGCCAUACAGCUGUAUGUGGACCAGAGCAAGCCAGCAUUAGCAGCAUCUUUGGCUGUUGAAUUGGGACAGGCUCUGCGCUCAUUAGGAAAGCCAUCAGAGGCUCUCACAUACCUGUGCAUGGCUGCAGACUUCCAUGCAGCCUCUCCCUUCCAUCACCUCACCUGUCUGGGAUACAUCGCCUCCUGCAAAAUUGAAUUAGGAGACCUUCAUGGUGCUUUGAUGAUGUUCACACAGAUAACCUCCUUAAUCAAUGAGACAGCUGGACAACCUCUCUUUGGUGCUCACAGAGACAUCCUGGCACGGUGUGAGAUUUCAUCCCUGCUUAUCCUCCUGACUCUGCAGCCUCUGUCUCAGCACACCAAGCCUGCACACACUCGCCUAUUGGAAAAGUAUUCCUGGGCCACUCCUGACACUCAGAAGCCAGAUGUGCCCUAUGAUGAUGCAGAGCUGGUAGUCUUACUUCAGUCCCUGGUGCUGGUGUGUCAGGGAGGGGACACUCAGGCUCUCUCCACCCUUAGCCAGCACCUCACACCCCUCCUUGGUCCUGAGCACCUGCAUCUACUUCACAUUCUGGUCACUGAGAUGAACAGAAGCUAAAGAUGUAUCAUGCUUCAGUGGUAAUGCCUUAGUGAUUCUGCUUGUCUACAGAAUAUGCUAAGCCCUUGUUGAGUUAGGGGAUGCUGUCUUAUUCUGUUGAUUUAUUGUCUUUGUAUAUAUUUUGAAAUACCUUCUUGAUCUGUUUUGUUAAUGCUACUGUAUUUGCAUUUUAUGUUUUAAUGUUGCGCCUUGAAACUCUCUCAUGGAAGUGGGUACAGCAGAACAGCCAUCAUUAAUUCUUGACCCUGCCAAACAAUGUAUGUGUUUGUGUAUCUCAAUUUCAUUCCUGUUUUAAAACAUGACACCUUAUACUCCUCUUUGAAUUUGAUUUUUGUUUGUAAUUUAGUGAAAUGAGAUGUGUUAUAAUGUUUUUGUUUGUAAAUGAAUGUAUUGAAAGGCUUUAAGAACUAAUUUUAGAUAUAAUACUUGUAAAUUUCUUUUCUUGUAUAUAGUGCACUCGACCCUCGAUUUAGCGGACCCCGAUUUAAUGGACCACAAAAUCUCAGCGGACAAAUACCCGAUGUCCGGUGUCCGGUGUGACACCGGCUUUAGAAACGUCAAAACCCUAAAAUAAUAACAAUAUCACAGAAGUGAUAUUUUCAUCAAAACUUGCAUCGCAUCGGCCAGAAAAAAAUAAUUUUUGUUAUUUUUGGCUUAUAAAAUUUGUGAAUUUUUAUCUUUCUUUUGGUAUAUAAAUGAAUCUGAUGAAAAAAUAAUACAGUGAUAUGCAUCAUGCAAUGCAAUGUGCAGCAAUGAGUUUCUGCGUGGCACUAUGGGCUACAAUCUAUGUUUUCUCCCCUUUUUAAAUCCAGGAUUUUUUUUCCUUGGUCUGUCAUGAAACUCUUAGGUUCUCUCUCAUCACUGGCUAAAAAAUGGAAAAUUUUAGCACUCACUAUUGUAUUUUUAUAUUUAUCCAUAACAAUAUUUUUAUAUUUUUUUUAAAUCCAACAAAUUACUCUAUGUAUCUGCCUCAAAUGUCUUUUUUCAUUAUAUUUUAUUGAUUUUACACAGUAGAACACUGGUUUUUACUUUGAAAUAUGGUAAAAUUCGAGUACAUGGAUUUAUGACCCUGUAAAAAUGACAUAUCCUUGGGUAAACAAAGCAACCUGUUUACACAAUCAAUGAAAUUAAGUAAGGGAAACCA